CCAAGAGCACACGUUAUGCUCAUCGAUUUUAUGUUAUAUACAUAUAUACUUUUAAUUCACUCUACUAAUCGAGCAGCUAAGAGGGCGCAACUAAGUAUUAAAUAGUGAUUAAAUAGUCGCAUUAAAUGAAAUAAAUAUUUGCAUGAGUUAAAACAUGGCGACAUAUCACGUCGUCUGCACAUAUAGUAAACAGGCAGCUAGUGUAAACAUUAAUAAUAAGAAACAGUCGUCGGGCUGCCAGUCGAGCAUCUCACGUGCAGGAUAGUGCGUGCCACUAUUUACAGAUUGCCUUAGAAAAUUAAUUAUUCGGAAACAGCCGUGCUCGCUCAGGUUUAUCUGAGUUGCAGCCAUGAACGUAGACAAAAGGACAAAGGCCCCUGCUUCGGUUCCAUACCAACAGUUUCAACAACAACCGAAAAACCCUAAAAAAUUCUUACAACGCGGCGAUGGACGGCAAGAUGAUGAGCUCAAACCUCGAAAGCUAGAAGCAGGCCUUGUAAGUGAAACAUCAGGCUCUGGCUUUGUUGAGCACGGUUCUACAAAGGUUGUGGCAGCCGUGUUCGGCCCUCGGGAGGUCACUAGACGGAAAGAAUUUUCGCUCCAAGCACAACUCAGAUGUGUGUUUAAAUUUGCUCCAUACGCAAAUGCUGGCGUAUCUGCACGUGGGGCUGAUACAUUGACUCUCGCAGAGCAGCGAAAUUCGCAAUGGCUCGAAGAAGCACUGCGACCAGUUGUCCAGCUUCGGAGAUACCCAAAAGCAGCAAUCGAUAUCCAGGUGAUCUGUUUGGAAAAUGAUGGCGGAGCUCUCUCCUGCGCGCUUACGGCGUGUGGUUUAGCUUUGGCGUCAUCUGGAAUUGAACUGUUCGACCAGGUUAUUGGAGUCAAUCUAAGAGUUCAUGGCAACAGGAUUCUUAUGGACCCAACGCGAGAAGAAGAAGACCUUGCUUCACCCAGCGAAGGAACAUUUGGGAAUGUGACCAUUGGAUUUAUGCCGGUUCUUCGGCAAAUCACAGGACUACUUCAAACAGGAGAUUCUGAGCCAGCAGGUCUUUCCCAACACGUCGGGGCUCUAGUCAAGGUAGCGGAUCAAGUAACACCAUUAGUAAAUGAGUGUCUCAUCAACUUCGGUAAAAUACAGGAAAAACUAAGUUCCUUACAGCUAGAUUAAUCAAAAGAAUUACUACACUGGGUGUACUUCAUUCUAAGUUUAUGAGUUUAAUAAAAGAGCAAAGAUACGGCGCUUAAGAGAAAAGAGGAGCCAUAGAAGAGGAGAUACGGAUAUGGACAACUUUAGAGAUCGUCGAGGAUUCAACAGUUUUUAUAGAAGGCCAUUGAUUAUGUGAUCAUAGUAACACCGUUGACAAGUGCUAGCUGUUUCGUGCCAAAACAGGUGAAUUUCCGUAAAUUCAAGGCGGAGCUCACUCUGGCUAUUAAAAUAGGAGACAUCGUAAGCCGUAUGUGGAGGUCAGCAGUACACAUAUGGUAGAAUUUAAGGCAACGAAAGUACUGCAUGGUUGCAUGGACGUAGGUUCAAAUGGACGGACCGAAAGACAGAUAUGAUCUAGUUUAUUGUAUUUACUGUUUACCAGUGGGCGGUGCUAAGUACAAAAAAUAACUAUUAUGGGUUAUUAGAAAGUUAUACAGGAAUUCGUUAUUUAAAAUUCUGUCUAUCGCGAGGUUAAUAUUUAGAGGGCGUAAGAACUACGCAUGAAUUAAAAUUUAAUUGUAGUUUAAGUGGCAUAAAGGAGGUAGCACGUACUGUAUAAAAAUAAUGCAUUUACUGACAUUUAAUUCUCGAUAAUGGCUUAAGAGAACCGAUUAGUAAGACGUGCAAUGUAGAUAAUUAACGAAUUAUGAAAAUGGUACAGUGCUAUGAUUCUUAGCACUGUACCAAGCAUAUGUAAACUAAUUCAUGUAUGUGACACAAUUCUGUGUGUCGAUCGAUGAAUUUCAGUAAAAAUAUUUAAGCAUACUAACUGCGUUUUAUCGGUAUUUGGUAUCGUGAUAGGAAACUGUAAUGUUACAAAAAAGUUUACGAACCUAUUUUACAUUUUAAUACUGUACAGCAAUGGCUGUAGUGAAUUAUAUAGUCAGUUAUAAAACCUUGAUCACUCUAAUAGAUUUUUGCGAACUCGGUUCGCCUAUAUUCGACGGUUCAGAAGUAUGAUUUCAAAAUAGUACGUUGUCCCGGAAUAUGCUAAAUUUGUGCUGGCAGGGUUACCUUCUACCAAGCAAAAUUUAAAACUUUGUCACCUUCUCUUAAUAACCAUAUUUUAGACCGCGUACAAAAUAAAUGCACGUUAUACGCUUCUGUACUGGAGUUAAGGGUUCAACAUUUUUUUUAAGCUGUUUACGUGUGUGAUUGCGUGGAGUGAUCGUAUUGUUUUUAUAUAGGUUAGGAAAAUUAUUAUCGACAACAUGUAGA